AUGUACAUAAAAAUAUCAAAUUUACUAGAAAUAAAAAGUGAUUCGGGACCUCGUUCACAAUGGAAAACAUUUUCAUUUCCUGGAGAAUUUCUUCCAAUAAAUGUUACUCCAUGGACACCUUCAAUUGUUCGACGAAAGGAAAAUAAAUCUGUUGUUAUGACAAGUCCUUUGUCAACAACAACUGGUCUUGAAUUUGUUGAUCAUAUUUAUAUCGUUACUCAUCCAAGAUUGACUGAUCGUCAUGAAAACUUGAAAAGAAUAUUGAAUAAACACAAAAUAACUGAUUAUGAAUGGCGUAUGAGAUGGACAUAUGCGGCAUGUCGCAAUGCAAGUAAUCCAACGGCUCAACGACGAUGUGCAAUUUCGAUGGAACAUGUUGAUAUAUGGCAUGAUAUUGUCGCUCGAAAUUCUUCUCUAUCACUUAUUUUGGAAGAUGAUGCCAUAUUUGUACCAUAUUUUCGGGAGAAAUUUCAUCGAACUAUCUUUACAGCUAUUCGUACAGGUAUUUUAAAAAUUGGUAAACAGAUUCAAUGUAUGAAUAAUCGAUUGUUUUCUUCAAUAAAUGAUCAUGAAUGGUUUGAACAAGAUCCAAUGAUAGUUAUUGGUAGUUGUUUUAAUACUCAUGAUCCUAAUUUUUCAAUUUAUCAAUCUGAUGCAUCACCAAUGUUUUCUACACAUAAACAGAAAUCAGCUCGAUGUAGUCAUGCAUAUUUGUUGACUGCGUGUUCCGCAAAAGCUUUAUUAAAUCAGAUUAAAAAUCAAAAAAAUCGACUUUUAGGAUCCGAUUUUAUGUUGGAUAUUUAUAUAGCUGCAUCUCCAACAAUACAAUCAUUUUGGCUUGAUCCUCCAUUAGUCUAUCAAGGAAAUCAAAUUAUCGAUUUGGAUAGAAUUCCAUCGUUUAAAACAACAACAUAUUAA